AUGUCCGCUAAGCUCCUGCCGGUUUUCUUCCUUCUCUCAGUGUUUCACGCCUGUUCUAGAAAGAUUGAAGAGGAUGAAUAUGAAGAUGGAACAACUAACCAGAAAUGGGUUUUAGCUCCAAAAACACAAGAUACAGAUGUGACUCUCAUACUAAACAAGCUGUUGAGAGAGUAUGACAAAAAGCUGCGGCCAGAUAUUGGAAUAAAACCAACAGUUAUUGAUGUUGACAUUUAUGUCAACAGCAUUGGUCCUGUAUCAUCAAUAAAUAUGGAAUAUCAAAUUGAUAUAUUUUUUGCCCAGACGUGGACAGAUAGCCGUCUUCGCUUCAACAGCACCAUGAAAAUAUUGACUCUGAACAGCAACAUGGUUGGCUUGAUCUGGAUCCCAGACACAAUAUUUCGUAACUCGAAGACAGCAGAGGCUCAUUGGAUCACCACACCCAACCAGCUCCUCCGCAUAUGGAAUGAUGGCAAGAUCUUGUAUACCCUCAGGCUUACCAUCAAUGCUGAGUGCCAGCUACAGCUGCACAAUUUCCCGAUGGAUGAACAUUCAUGUCCUCUGAUAUUCUCUAGCUAUGGCUACCCUAAAGAAGAAAUGAUUUACAGAUGGAGGAAAAACUCAGUGGAAGCUGCUGACCAGAAGUCUUGGAGACUCUAUCAGUUUGACUUUAUGGGUCUCAGAAAUACUUCAGAAAUCGUAAAAACAUCUGCAGGUGAUUAUGUAGUCAUGACUAUAUACUUCGACCUAAGUAGAAGAAUGGGAUACUUUACUAUACAAACAUACAUUCCCUGUAUAUUAACAGUUGUUCUUUCCUGGGUAUCCUUUUGGAUUAAAAAAGAUGCCACACCAGCAAGGACAGCAUUAGGAAUCACCACAGUAUUGACUAUGACAACUUUGAGUACCAUUGCAAGAAAGUCAUUACCCCGUGUCUCCUAUGUCACUGCUAUGGAUUUGUUUGUGACUGUAUGCUUUCUAUUUGUCUUCGCUGCUCUGAUGGAGUAUGCAACCCUCAACUAUUACUCAAGUUGCAGGAAACCAAACUGUGCUAAGAAGAAAAAGUCGCUGCCUGAUGUCAGUUUUGGUCAUGUAAUGAAUUAUUCUGUACUUGAUAUGAGACCACCAACAACAGUCAUCACAUUGAACAAUGCCAUGUAUUGGCAAGAAUUUGAAGACACGUGCGUCUAUGAAUGUCUGGAUGGGAAAGACUGCCAGAGCUUUUUCUGUUGCUAUGAGGAGUGUAAAUCAGGCUCAUGGAGGAGAGGACGGAUUCACAUAGACAUCUUAGAACUGGACUCUUACUCUAGGGUCUUUUUUCCUACAUCCUUCCUGCUGUUUAACCUGGUCUACUGGGUUGGAUACCUCUAUCUUUGA